AUAAUACUACACCCACCGCCUAUAAAUACCACCCAGAUUUGCACAUAUAGACUUGUUGUCUCGGUCUAAAAAAUGGGCAGCAACAGUAACACCAACACCGUCCAACCACCACCUCAAUACGCCCCCUACCGCCUCGUCAAAACCUUAACCGCCCACCAAUCCGCCGUCUCCUGCGUCAAAUUCUCCAACAGCGGCAAACUCCUCGCCUCCGCCUCCUUAGACAAAUCCCUCAUCCUCUGGAAUGCCGAAAACCUAACCCUAAUCUCCCGCCUCAACGGCCACACCGAAGGCGUCUCCGACCUCGCCUGGUCCUCCGACUCACACUACAUCUGCUCCGCCUCCGACGACAAAACCCUCCGCAUCUGGGACGCACGCGCCGCCGAAUGCGUCAAAACCCUACGCGGCCACACCGAUUUCGUCUUCUGUGUAAAUUUCAGCGUUCAUUCGAACCUCAUCGUCUCCGGAUCAUUCGAUGAGACGAUUAGGGUUUGGGACGUAAAAACAGGGAAGACUAAUCACGUAAUCAGAGCUCACUCGUUACCCGUGACCUCCGUGCAUUUCAACCGCGACGGAUCGCUGAUUGUUUCCGGCAGCCACGACGGUAGCUGUAAGAUUUGGGAUACCGCAACCGGAACCUGCUUGAAGACUCUCAUCGACGAUAAGGUUCCGGCGGUUUCUUUCACCAAAUUUUCACCUAAUGGAAAGUUUAUACUCGUCGCCACACUUGACGAUAAUCUGAAGCUCUGGAACUACUCAACUGGAAAGUUCUUGAAGAUGUAUACAGGUCAUGUAAACAAAAAGUAUUGCAUAACGCCUACGUUUUCUGUGACAAAUGGUAAAUACAUCGUCAGUGGUUCAGAGGACCAUUGUGUCUACAUUUGGGAUUUACAGGGGAAGAAUCUGCUUCAGAAACUAGAAGGGCAUACUGAUACGGUUAUUUCUGUAAAUUGCCACCCAACAGAGAACAUGAUUGCGUCUGCAGGGCUUCUUGGUGAUCGAACAAUUAGGAUAUGGGUUCAACCAAGUUAAGUCCAUAAGAGAGAAAAUCUAAAGC